GAGGAUCCGCAAGUACAACUAUCUUCUUACAAGUGGCCCCAUUAAAAGGGCACAAAGCAGAACUGUAACAGAGCUCGAUCGAUUGACCAUGAGGCCGAAGGUGGCCUUGUUUGGUGAUUCCAUCACUGAAGAUUCCUUCACAAAUGGAGGUUGGGGAGCAGCCCUCGCAAACCAUUUCUCUCGCACGGCGGAUGUGGUGUUGCGAGGCUACAGCGGUUACAACACGAGGUGGGCGUUGAAGGUGGCGGCGCGAGCGUUUGACGGCGUGUGCUCCGAUGGAGAGCGGCCACUUGCGUUGACGGUGUUCUUCGGCGCCAACGAUGCUUCAAUCCCCGAUCGGAGCUCCGGAUUCCAGCACGUGCCUCUGGAUGAGUAUCAAAGUAAUCUCAGAUCUAUUAUUUCCUUCUUCAAGGAGCGCUGGCCGACCACUGUUAUUGUGCUUAUCACUCCUCCACCAAUUGAUGAGGAUGGACGUCUGAGGAAUCCUUUCGGGGAAAACCCAUCUGGUUUGCCUGAGAGGACUAAUGAAAGUGCUGGUGCUUAUGCGAAGGCAUGCAUAGCUGUUGCUACAGAGUCUAACAUUCCAGUGAUCGACAUGUGGUCCAAAAUGCAGCAAUUUCCUUCUUGGGAGAAGUCUUUCUUAAGCGAUGGGCUGCACUUCACAGCUUCCGGCAAUAAGAUACUAUUUGAGGAGGUGGUGGAGAAGCUUAAAGAAAGUGGUUUUAGUCCAGAUGCUCUGCCUGUUGAUCUACCACUCCUUAGUGAAAUUGACCCAAAGGACCCUUUAAAAGCAUUUGAAAAUUGAUCUGAUAUAGGAGCUCGUCAUGAGAUGAUGUGGUCAAGCUUUCCCAUUCACAUGGCAUAGG